UACGGCCCACCCAAAAACCCAAUUCAUUACUUUUCUUUUGUCGUCUUCGAUAAUCAUUUCUACAGCACCCAUAGCAUGUGCUCCCCUUUAAUCCCACCAUUAACACCCCCCCACCCGACACCCCCACCUACCCUACCAUCCCCCACCCCCUUAAUCCAGGGAAUAAAAAGACUUUCUAUAUCCUUUGAUUUUCACAAUUCAGAUCUACCGAUGAAGCGGCAAUUCGACGCCGGAGGAACCGAUUGCGAUAAUUUCACCGGCGGCGAUGAGUUGAAGAAGAUGAAGAAGGAGCUUUUAGAGUCGGAGGAACAGAUAAAGUUACCGAUGAAAAGGCAAUUCGACGCUGAAGAAGCUGACUGUACAAUCACCGUCUCCGGCGACUUGAAGAAGAGGAUGAAGAUGAAGCAGGUUAUAGAGUCGCCGUCGGAGGAAGGAGAAGAAGCGGAAGCGGUGUUGUUAGAUGAGAAUCUAUUGUACGAAGUACUGAAACACGUUGACGGGCGCACGUUAGCUACGGCGGCGUGCGUUAGCAAACAGUGGAAUCAGACGGCGUUAGAUGAGCGGCUAUGGGAGCUGAUCUGCACAAAGCACAACCGUAACCAACAGCAACAGCUCCGAGCCGUCGUCCUUGCUCUCGGCGGCUUCCGGCGUCUCUACUCACUUUACCUCUGGCCACUCUCGAAGCCGUCGCCGUCGCCGUCGCCGUUGCCAUCAUCUUCGACUCCUCCAGCUUCCGCUUGGCCUUGCCUACCUCCGGCCCCUUCUCGGCCGUUAAAAUACGCCGCUACGAACACUCGAUGGGGAAAAGACGAAGUCAAUCUCUCGCUAUCGCUGCUAUCAAUUCGGUAUUAUGAGAAGAUGAAUUUCAAAGCUAAUAAAUCAAGUUAAUUGAUAUAUUAUAUAUUCAAUUUCGUAAUUUUAACAUUAUAUUAUCCUAAUUUUUCAGCUUAUGGUUUGCGUUUUACUGUAUUGAAUCAUUUAUGCUUAGAUCUAUAUCUCUUAUGUAUCAUAUGUACCCUUUUGAUUUUCCAUGUAAAUUGAGGACUGAUUAAUUCAAGUUGUGAUGCUAAUUUAUAUUUUAA